CCCCACCCCGAUUUUUAUUCAAAUCACCCAACGGUUUUAGUUACUCUCUAAAACCCUAAAAAAUCCGACAAGAUGAAAAUUUUAGUAGUUCAGUACAAUCCCAAAAUGUCUCCGUAAACCCUAGAAAAUUCUCUGCAAAGCCGGUCACACACACGAUGAGAGACAACGAAGCGCACGAUGAUAGAAAAGAAUCCACCGAUGAAGCAGCUUCCGAUUCAAUUCCCACUGAUUCUCCAUCUCGGAAGCGUCUUCUCAUCGAUCCAAACCCUAACCAUUGUUCAACCGCAUCGUCAGCCUCGGUCUUGUCCUCUGACGCCUCGUCGGAUAGAUUCUGUCGAAAAACCAGAGAUUUGCCCAAUUUGUCUGAUUGCCACAGUUGUGGACUACGAAUUAACAACACUGACCCCAAGGACAAACUCCAAACGCUAGACAGCGUUUGGCGCAUCGUCCUCCUCUGCAAAAAAUGCAUAAAACGUGUCCAGUCGGCUGAAUUGUGCUCCUACUGUUUUUCAGAAACGUCCGCAGCCGAGGAAAAUUGUUUCAGAUGUCGCGACUGUGUCCGUCGGGUUCACAAGAGUUGCGUUUUGGAGUACAGGUGUUCUGCACCGUGGUCGUAUUGUUGCGUGGAAUCUGGGUUUUCGGUUUGCAUCGACUGUUGGGUUCCGCAAUUGCUUUCAAAUUCGCAUAGGGUUUAUAAAAGGAAGAGUAAUAAGAAGAGUGUAACAAAACCGGGUGAUUCUAGGGUUUCGGUUAAUGGAGGUGGAUGUAAGUCACUUGUGGAUGUUGCAAAUAAUGCUAAAUGCGCAGCUCAGAAGAAAAUUGCAGCUGCUGCCGAGGCCAAAGAGAAUGCGUUGAGGAAAGCUGUGAUGGCAAAAAGGGCUGUGGAAUUCGCGAAUGGUGCAUUGGAUUUGGUGACGAAGAAAGAUGAGAGUGAUGAAAAAGCUGAAAGUUUGGUGAGCAGUUGUAGUGCUUCUGCUACUACCACGACUACGGUUGUGGAUGAUGCUGAACUGGCAUUUCAGUUGCAUCGUGCUAUAAAUAGUUCACCGAGGAUUUCAAAGAACCUGUGCUCUAUAAAUUUAAGUCGUUUGGAUGCUAUAAAGAUGUGGGAAUGUAAUGGUAAUUUAUCCAGUAGAGUGUUGGGCUCAAGAGGGAGUUCUAGUUCUAGUGCUUGUGGGAAGCUCAUGGUAAAUAAGUUCAUUGAGAAUCUUGAUAGAAGCAUUUCAGAGCCAUCAGCUUGUGUAAGAGCUUCAGAUGAUGGUUCUUGUGUUGUUUUGGAAAAUUUAAAAUCAGGCAAUAUGGUUGGUAUAAUAACUAGUACAAGGAGCGAGGAAUGCCGGGAAAAUAGUGAAAUUGUUUGGGAUGUGGGCCUUAAUGGAAAAUGCAAUUCAGAUGAUGACAGUGGAGUGAAUUCUGAAUCCGAGUCUUGUCAGAAACAUGGUGGAAGAUGCAACGGGAAGCCAGUUAACAAUUUGAUAAAGUAUAGCAGGAGAGCUGUUGGUUCCAAAGCAAUUUCAAAUAAGACCAAGUUACUUUACGACGGUUUUAACCUUGAAAGAAAGGCUAUAGCUGCUAAACAACUGGUGCAUUGUUACAAGAGACGCAAAAGAUUAUCUGAUGCUUCAGCUCAGUCUUGUGCUAUUCCUGUGCAAGCUCUUGCUUGCGAUAGGGAUUCAUCCCAAGAACAGUCCUGACACAAACAGCCUUCAACUUAAGCAUACUACUUAGGAACUGCUGGCACUGAUUACCCAGUAAAUCCCAGACCCUAGUAACUUGAAAAUUUUGGAGGUUUAGUUGUCACUGCUGCAAGACUUAAGACGACGUCCUCUGCCACUUGGAUUUUUUUUGGGUGGGCGUGCCGCUUGGAUGUUGCAGCAUAGACUUUCUUGGGUUAUUCUGUGUCGCACCACAUUCUGAAGAAAUGGUGUUCGGGAAUGUCUAUCAAGCAAUAAUUGGUUCCACUAAUUAAACUUUGCCUGCCUUUUCUAUCAGAUGAUAGGGUAAAAUGUAAUAUUAAGCGUUCUUGUAAUCUUGAGUUUCAUGGCUGUGAUUUUGAUAUCCGAAUUGUAGAAUGUUGCCUGACUUGAUACUCUCAUUGACACCUUAAUAUAUUUAUUUUGAACUUUUCUGUAACAUAUGUAAUGAGUCUGUUACAGACUUGAACUCUUUCUUGGACAAGAAAGCCCAUAUGAAUGAAUCAUGGGGAAGUUGCAAAGGUUUUAUAAGGGGGUGGAAAGAUGUAGGAUAACAGAUGAUCUGCAUGAGGACAAUGGGUGAGGAUAAAGAUGUGGAUGUCUAAUAUUCGCUUAUGUAGUAAACUACUCAAUCCAUUAGGUUAUCAAUUGAUGUGACAAUCUGGUUAGCCAAAUGUUUACUUAUAUAUCCCUCAAAUCAGCAUUCUAGGGUCUCCCGUGUUGUGAAAAUAUUAGGGAAAACCUAGAGCUCUGGCACAAAACUGAUAAGGGACAAGCCUUCAGAGAGAUCUCAGUAAUGUAGGGGUGGAAGAAAGGGUAGAAUUGGGUCAAAUUAGAGAGACACUGGGAGAAGCUUGCAGCACCCAUGAUUCUAGGCUAUCGUAUCUCGGCUAACAAUUAUAAUAUGGGUCUGAAAAGUUCAUGUCUAGUGUCCUUGCGGAGGUCCAAUGAAAUGAACUGUCACAAUGGGGCAACUUAAUACACAUAGUUAAGCCACAAGCCACAUUUUGUCUACAAAAUGUGAUAAUGUGGCACAUUGGAACAACAAUCCAGUGUCCCCUGCUUUUGUACCAUCCCAACACCGGAUUGUUGUUCCAAUGUGCCACAUUGUCACCUUUAUAGACAAGAUGUGGCUUAACUGUGUGUACUAAGUUGCCUCAUUGUGACAAUUCAUUUCAUCAGAGGACCUCGGUAGGGACACUAGACAUGAAAUUUUCAAACCCAUAUUUCCGUCUUCAACUCCUCUACCUUUUCGUGCUUCCUCUUCUACUAUUCGUACUCAUGAUACCCCUCCAGCAAAGGGGAAUUGUUCCUUUUUCACAAGUCUACAGUCGUAGACAAUAGGCUCAAGCUUCUACUCCCACAAUCGACUGCCUUGUCCCUUUGGCACCAACUCCGCCUACUCAAGUUGUUGUUCCACUCGAUAAUCAUCCUAUUGCUCUUCGAAAGGGUAAACAUUCUUGUACUUACUCUAUUUCGAAUAUUGUUUGUGAUUGUACUCGCUCACCAUCCUAUUGGGGUUUUCUUGAUUAUGUUACUUCGGUUACUCUUCCUUCUUGUGUUGAAGAUGCACUAGCACUGCCUCAGUGGCGUGACGAUAUGAUUGAAGAACUGCAUGCACUUGAAAAAAAUCAGACUUGGGACAUGGUUCCGAUUCUUAAUGGACGAAAGGUUGUGCGUUGUCGAUGGAUGUUUACAUUUAAGCAUAAUCCAGAUGGGUCAGUUGCUCGCUAUAAGGCCCAGUUGGUUGCCAAGGGUUAAGCUCAUACCCAUGACAUCAAUUAUCAAGAGACUUUCACCCUUGUUGCCAAGAUGAACACCAUCCUCGUAUUAUUUUCUAUUACUGUGAUUUGUGAUUCAUUCUCUGCCUCUACUUCAGUUAGAUAUUAAGAAUGCCUUUUUCAAUCGUGACUUGUAGGAAGUGUAUAUGGUUCCCCCUUUGGGCUUUCGCUCCCCUGCUCAUUUCAGGAUGGUCUAUCGUCUUCAUCGCUUCUUGUAUAGCCUCAAGCAAUGCCCUCGAGCUUACUUUAAUGCUUUGGCACUAACAUGUUCCAGUUUGAAUUCCAUUAGUGCUGCGGAUUAAUGUUAUUUUUCUCAUCAAAGAUGACACUGCCGAAAUCGCUGAGGUUAAGAACUAUCUUGGCCGUCAGUUUGAGAAUAAGUAUCUUAGUCCCCUUUGUAUUAGGGACGCAUUACCCUUUUGAACGCUUUUCUAAUCGAUUUUUACUUAUCAAAAAAAAAAAAAAGGGUAUCUUAGUCCCCUUUGGUACAUCUUCAGCACUGAGAUGGCUCGCUCUAAGGUUGGAAUUUUAAUCUUUCAACGCAAGUUUGUUUUUGACUUGCUUUCUGCUUUUGGCCAGCUUGGCACUCAUCCGGUUGAUUAUCUAAUUAAGCAAAACUAUUGGUUGGUUGAUUCUGAGGGGAGCUAGUGUCAGAUGAUGUUCAGUAUCAGCGACAUGUUGGGAAACUCAUCUAUCUAUCCAUGACUCAACCUGACAUUGCUUAUGUCGUGAGUCAAUUCAUGCAUUCUCCUCACACCUCUCACUUUAAUGCAACUAUUUGGAUCCUUCAUUACCCGAAGGGGUGUCCGGGCGGUAUUUUGUUUGCCUAUCAUGGUCAAUUAUAUGUUGAGGCUUAGAUAGAUGCUGAUUAUGCAAGAUUAAUUUCAGAUAGGAGGUCAACUUUGGGCUAUUGUACUAAUGUUGGUGGCAACUGGGUUACUUGGUGAAGUAAGAAGUAGGAUGUUGUCUCUCGAUCGGGUGUAGAGGUAGAAUAUAGGGCUGUGGCUCUUGGAGUGUGUGAGUUGCUAUAACUGAAAACGUUGAUGACAAACUUGUACCUUCCAAUAUCACUUCCAUUCUCACUUAACUGUGACAACAAGUUUGCCAUUAAUAUUGCAACAAAUCUCGUUCAGCAUGACAGGACUAAGUAAUAUAUAGGAUUGACUGACACUUCAUUCAGGAAAAGAUCAUAUCCAGUCAGAUUCGCACUCCGUUUGUCACUAGAACUCUAUAUCUUGCAGGCAUUCUUACAAAGGGCAUCAACGAGACCGUGAUUGACGAUGCAUUGUCUAAGUUGGCCGUCUCAGAUAUUCACGCACCAACUUGAGGGGGAGUGUUAGCCAAGAUAGAUAGCCUAGAAUCAUGGGAUUUGACUUACCAUAUCAACCAAAACCAAGAUAUGAUAGCGUAGAAUCAUGGAAUUUAACUUUAUUUACGCAUGUCUAGGCAUGGAAUCUGCCUUGAUUUUAUUUAAUUUCUUUUCUUGUAAUAGUAACAUGUGCUCUUUUAGUACAUUAAUACCAGAGUUGCGAAUGAGUGAAGAUAUUCAUUCAAGCCUCAUACACAUUUCUCUUUUAUUUCUUCUAUCUUGUAUUUCUUCUAUAAUAUCAUGCAAUACCUCUAUUUCCUACUCACCAUCAAGAAUUUACAUUCUAUGAGGUAUUCUUGCAAUAUCAUGUAUGGAAGGAACCAUGGUUGAGUUCGAGGUCGCUCAAGUGUUGUUCGAUCAGUUACAUUAUAGCACAACUCUACUGAACCAUUAUGUAGCAGAGUCAGGGACUUCUCGUGAUUCACACACAAAUUUUCGACUCCAUUUAGGUUAGAUGAAACAUGACCUAGAAGUGAAUUUUGACAUUCUUAAGGUUUUGUCUGCCAAUGUUGUCCCAGUUUCCGUACACCAAAUUACCUGCAUAUGCAACAAUGUGGUGUCACCAUGAUAAAACAUUCUAGCGGUCACUUCAACUAUCAUGAUAGCUUGCCCUAUCCUCUGGUUCAUAUGUUAUUCUUGCCGAGGUCAAACCCAUUCUGCGAAAAGAGUGUUCUUGACAACCUCCCAACAUCCCAGAACUCAUGUUAUACCUCCCUACUUGACAAGACAACUGACUGGUCAUAUCAGAGGAUUUUGCUCCUCCAAAGUUCACCAAUUUUGAUGGGAGAAAAGGCAACUCUCAAGAGCAUCUACCCUGUUCAUCGAGUCAUUUGCUAUGUUCAGGAAUGAUUGGAUUCUUCACUUAUGCGAGUUGUCAGAGCCACUUACACCAUGCUUAUACUUGGUACAACAACCUCAAGCUAGGUGCCAUCUGUGUAUAGUCAACAUACAAUUAUCAAAUAAGUCACCAUUUUAGGAUAGGCUUUGUUGCAACUUGCAAGGACCUCUUCUCCUCAGAUAGGUCUUGUUGCUAUCUCUAGAGGCAUCUCUAAAUACUAUUGUGUGGUUCUCUUUUCUUUUGAUUCCCACCAUGAAAACCUCUUAUCAGUCAUGCUUCAUACUAAAGGCACCGUGAUGCAUCAUGUCAGUCUGAAGCUAUCUUAGGAGCCUUCUAGAACUUGGUUUGUUGUUGUCAAUAAGGGUGGACCCACCAUGGGCCUAUGCUAGCCCUUUUGUUUUUAGGAUAAAUUACUCUGACCUCCCCUUACACUGACAUCCCCUCUUGUUUGUCAAAUUACACUGACCUCCCUUGUCAGGUUUGUAAUUACGUUUCUGCCCUUAUAUAUCCAAGGGUAGAAUUGAAAUUUGAAGGUUACAAAAUUGUUGACAUCAGCAUUUUUCGUCGUUGACCGUCAACAGAAGGGAGGUAUGUGUUAUUUACAUACAAAUCUCAAGGGAGGUAAGUGUAAUGUGGCAAACAAGGGGGGAGGUUAGUGUAUAUUGACGAAACCUCAAGGAACGUCAUUGUAAUUUUCCCUUGUUUUUACUAUAUUUAUAUGUAU